UCGAAAAGUGCAAAUAAAAAUUGCAAAAAAAUUCAAAUAUUGCGACGCCAUUUGACAUUUUUAUCCCUAUAAAAAAUGUUUGAAAACUUUUUUGUAGACUUGUCGCUCAUUUUCCGUGGAGUUUUCUUCAAAAUAAAUGUUUAUUUUUUCGUUUCUGGAGUGAUUUCUACAUCUGAAUCAGGUGAUCCACAGCGAAAUGAAGCUGAGGGAGGUUGAUAGAACCAGCCCCUUGCAAAUCAAAACAAAUCUUUAUACAUUUUUUUGGGCCUCUUUGGCAGUGAGAAUUUUAGCAUAUCUUACCGAGUUAAAUCCCAUCCAGCGCAAUAUACCUGAUUCAGAUGUAGAAAUCAAUAUAGUAGUCAGUAUCCGGAAACAUACGACGGAGUCAUCAAGCAAAUCAUGACCAGCACGGAAGACAUUUCUGAGAGUCACAGAACUGCCCUCAAAGCUAUUCUGGGUUUCCUCCUAAAAGUCUCCUUACGCGGAUUGGACGGAUUGGAACUGGAACACUGGGCAAGUCCACAAAAUCUUCAUCAUCGUCUUUCCAUACAUCUUCCCCAAGAGCAAUGACUUCCUGGAGCUGACAAAAGUGAUUCUCAACUCUCAUUUUGCCUCUCAGAGUUCUUUACUGCAGAAUGCCCAUGAGGUUUUGCUGUAGAAAUUGGGACUUCCGGAAGCAAAAGAUUUGCUCCAGCAGAUUGAAAUUGAAUCAAUGGGCAGUGAACAGAAAUUCUAUGUCCUCCUCCUUGUUGCAUCCGCUCUGGAGGAGGCUACAAUGUCAAGAAAGACAUCCGGAAGUCUCAUGAAAUUAUUCACAGCAAUAAACUCCCAAAGAGUUUGUUUUCUCAGUGCUUUGAGAGUAUCAUUAGAUGCACAGACUUCCAAGGAGCAGAAGAUUUCACAGAUUCAGAUGUAGGAAUCACUCCAGAAACGAAAUAAUAAACAUUUAUUUUGACUAGAAAAAAACUCCACGGAAAAUGAGCGACAAGUCUACAAAAAAGUUUUGAAACAUUUUUUAUAGGGAAAAAAACGUCAAAUGGCGUCGCAAUAUUUGAAUUUUUUGGCAAUUUUUAUUUGCACUUUUCGAUGUGAUCCCAGUGGAUUUUGGGGAGUUUCUCUCGCGAUUCUUCAAUGUUUUUUGAUCCUCUACAAGAUGGAAUGGGUUAAAAUUGUUCUGCGAUAGAGGAUCAUCUUUCAUACUGGCCUGAAUAAACUCUUUUGAAUUAAUUGGUCUCUUUUUGUUAAUUUUAUUUUUAAUUAAGAUAAUAAAGAUCAAAUAAAGAUAUUAAAUAAUUUAAUCGUUGUGUGUUUAGCAAUCAGUACUGCCUUUCAUGUGUAUGUAUACAUACCUUAUCUGAAUGACUGUCAGUAUUUGUUAGAAUUUUUUAUUAAAAGAGUAUUUCAAGCAGACUUUAUGUGUACAUUUGUCAGUAUAUAGCACGGAAUUUCAUCUCCAUAGAUAAACAACAACUGUGUGCCAGCCGGUGGCAACCCACAUAGUGUUUGGAAACAACAUUCACGCGAUCUUCUGUUCAGUCUUGGGUGAGGCUUCAACCAGUUCAGUUCUGCUCUCGCACUUUUAUUUUACAUUUCUUGUGAUUUUGGGUGAUUAAAAUUUUGACUGAGGCGCUGAACGAGAAGGUGCUGCUGUUCUAAUUCCGUUCAAAUUCUGUGCUUGUGAGAUUGAAACUUUGAACCAAACACAAUGGCUCCACUGAAGUUGUACUACAUCGAAUUAGGACCUCCAUCCCGUGCUGCUCUUCUGACCAUUCGCAACUUGAAGCUCGACGCAGAGAUCAUCAAUGUCGAUGUAAUCAAUGGAGCUCAUAGGACCCCAGAGUACCUCAAGAUGAAUCCUCAGCACACAGUUCCAACUCUCGAUGACAAUGGCUUCUACUUGGCUGACUCCAAGGCAAUGUCAACGUAUUUGGUGAACUCAAGAUCACCCGGAAAUCCUCUCUAUCCAACUGAUCCGAAAGCUCGUGCUCUUGUUGAUGAUCGUUUGUACUUUGAUGGAGCUACUGUUUUUCCCAGAAUUAAGACAAUCAGCUAUUCGGUUCUGGUUCUUGGCGUGAAUAAUGUGGAUGAUGAGAAGAAGAAAGCUCUGUAUGAAGCUCUUGAUUUUAUGGAGAUUUACUUGGAAGGACAGAAGUGGUUUGCAGGUGAUCAUGCUACCCUUGCUGACUUGGCUCUUCUGGCUACAUAUUCCUCUCUGGUGCAUUUUGGAUUGAAUGUCUCCAAGUACAAGAACCUUCAAGCUUGGUACAAGCGCUGUGAGGCUUUGCCAGGAUUUGCUGAAAAUGAAGAAGGUGCUAAGAAGUACGGGGCAAUGAUGAAGGAAAAGCUUGGAAAGAAUUUCUCUUGGGAUGUAUAGAAUUUAUUUCCUCAGAGUUUGCUUUGAUUUCUUGUAAUGAAAGAUUGAAUAAAAAUCAAUGAAUGAA